CGCCGGCGACCAAGUCCACAGUCCUCGUCCACAGACCGAACGCAGCAUCGACUACCUUUGUGUGCGCUCUGUGACAACCCCAGAGCAGCGCCAGAGCGUCCAGUCUUUGCAAAGCCAUUCUUUUGAGCAGUAACUACUCAGUGAUCGAGCGCAUCAUAUCUACAGGACUCGGGCAGCUCGUGCGACUCAGGGCGUGGUAUUUAUGGGGUUGGAGGAGUGCGUUGAGGACCAGAGGCGCGAGUGAUUCGCCCUCGAGCAAAUUCCAGAGCCUCACUCAACUUUUGCCCCAGCGGCGCAAGUCAAUAUAUUACCCCUCGACCUAGCAUCUUCGAGAUCGUAAACCUUCGCCAAGCAAAACCUCGCGCAAAGAGCAGCGCUUGCGAGUCUCGCCCACCAUGUUCUUCCUCUACAACCUCGAGCGGCAGGUUACACUGCACCCGUCGUAUUUUGGCCGGAACAUGCACGAGUUGGUCACAGGGAAGCUCUUGAAAGAUGUGGAGGGUACAUGCACGGGUCGAUACUUUAUAAUUACAAUCAUGGAUACUUUCAAUAUCUCUGAAGGACGAAUUCUCCCCGGGAGCGGCUUGGCUGAGUUCACGGUUGGAUACCGUGCAGUUGUUUGGAGGCCUUUCAAAGGCGAGACCGUUGAUGCCAUCGUCACCUCCGUCAAUAAGAUGGGCUUCUUCGCUGAUGCUGGCCCUCUGCCACUUUUCGUAUCGUCACAUCUCAUCCCUCCAGAUAUCAAAUUUGACCCGAACGCGACUCCUCCCCAGUUCACGAACAAUGAGGACUCGGUAAUCGAGGUCGGCACCCACGUCCGAGUCAAAUUGAUCGGCACGAGGGCAGAAGUCGGCGGAAUGUAUGCGAUUGCCAGCAUCAAGGAGGAUUACCUUGGCUGCUUGCAAGGCUCUUGAUUCUGCCCCAAAAUAGAAUGGUGUUUGCACUUCGAGCAAAAAUUCCCAAAAUGUAUACCAUCGACGCAGGUCCUGGAAAGUUCGAUUUUCUUCGACGCCGGGUCCAACUGUCUGUCAUAGACGGGGUCUACCCGAGCCCUAACUCAACGAAUCCUCAAACGAAUGCGAGCGCUUUGCGCCGCAAAAAUGUGAAUAAUUGACUUUCGAGAACGAAAAAAAGACUAGACAUUUUCGCAAAGAAUGGACAACAUUUGACCGUGACCGA